AUGGUUACUCCGGGCACAACCAUUGAAGCCGGUGACGAUCUUGACGCCAUACUUAGACAAGCCCACCAUAUUCCAGUCAUAGUAGACUUUUAUGCCGAUUGGUGUGGACCAUGCCGUAUUCUUGGUCCAGUUCUUGAAAAACUUGUCUCUGCCAAUGGAAAGUGUAUUCUUGUCAAGGUGAAUAUUGACGAAGCUCAGGAGGUCUCGUCGCGAUAUCAGAUUGCUUCGUUGCCCACAGUUGCGGCAUUUAGGGAUGGAGUGCUUGUCGACUCUUUUCUUGGUAGCAGAGACCCAACAUUUAUCAAGGAGUUUAUUGAAAAGAUCAGCAAGUGA